ACUACAACAACUAUCAAAUACCACUACUACAAACAACAACAAGAUCCACACACACAUCACACGUACAUACACACACUCAAUCGCUCCCGUCCCUCUCCCAUGCCUCUUCCUGUGCCACAACUACAACAGCCAACACGCAACCACCAAUCACCCCAUCGUCACCACACAACCACAGCAAUCACCACACACAGCACACCACAGCACAAGACUCCCGCGCCCUUGCAACCGCAACCCUCGUACUGCAUACCCGGCACCCACCUCCGUCCACAACGCACCGACACGCGCCGCGCGCCCCACCACACGCACGCACGCAUUGAAUUCCUCGCCCCCAGCCCAGCCCCCCACCCCGCCCCCGCCCGUCUCCAGACCACACAACGUCAACAACGUCAACGUCCCCUUCGCUGCCAUGCCAUGACUCGCCAUCAUUGCACUCACCCACUUGGUCCAUGGCAAUAGAUUAUAGCGUCCCGUCGACCUACCUCCUUACCGGCUUAGCUACCUACAGUACCGGCCUAGCGGCCUCCCCUGCCCCGCUCCGCCACGUAUGUAUGUUAUGCCCGCCGCCCGCCGGCCGCACGGAAAGGGACGGUUCCGCGCACGCAGGCGCUCGCGGGCGCAAACGCGAAGGAAGGCCGUG